AUGCUAAACAAGGUGGAUAUCAAGACUUUGGGACACAAGAAUUCCAUCCCUCUUGAGCCUUACCUCAAGUGGGUACGAACUCGCACUCAAAGUCUUAUGAUGCCUUAUCCUUCCAUUCUCCCGGUGAUCUUUGAGCCUGUUAAGGAAGGAGAAGUUCCAUACACAAUCCUACAUCCUGACAUGCCGACAUCUCUUGAAGACCUACAAAGGGAUUGGAUACAGCUCAAAGGAGAGCGAGAUACUUUCGAAGCCCAAUUCUACGCAAGCGGGAGGAAGGUUUUGGAACUUACUAGGCUACUUCAUGAGGAGCAGACUCUAAAUGCCUACAUAGCACCAAAAAGGAUGCGCACUACCUUUUUAUCUUAG